CACAGAUGCUCAUGUGCCAAAGGCACUUUUCGCUCAUAAGCAUAAUAUAUACUCCUAGACUUUUGAUCUUUAUACUACCAGUCUAUGAAACUAACUACAUGCAUGUAUAAAUAGUAUUUCGAGCGGAAUAGCCAAUUUCUCGGAGGAGAAGAAGGGGAAACAUCGGUGUAUCUGAAGACAACCUGCAGAUUUUACCUGACAGAUGAGAAGACGAGGCCAAAGAAACGGAACGUACGGUACGGGCCACAAAACCAGGGGAAGGCAUCCGGUUGGAAGCCUCCCUAUAAGAGGAAGGAAGGGGCCACAGCCAGACUCUCCCCGCCACCACAAGAUUCAUUCCACGAUCGCGCGGCCAGUCCCUGAUUCGGAGGAGUCCACGAUCCUGAUCCUACUGCUAUGGCGGCUCCCAACGGCGUCAGUCCUCUCGCGGCGACUGUUCCGGUUGAGGCGGUUUUGUUCGACAUCGAUGGAACCCUCUGCGAUUCGGACCCUCUUCACCAUGUGGCCUUCCAAGAAAUGCUUCUCGCGAUUGGGUACAACAAUGGCGUCCCGAUAGACGAGGAGUUCUUCAUCAAAAACAUUGCUGGGAGGAGCGAUGUUGAAGCUGCGCAAAAUCUGUUCCCAGACUGGCCACUUGAGAAGGGCCUGAAGUUCCUUGAGGACAAGGAAACCAAAUAUAGAAGUCUGGCGAUGGAGCGCUUGGAGCCUGUAAACGGCCUGGGCAAGGUGGUUCAGUGGGUGAAAGAUCACGGCUACAAGCGUGCUGCAGUGACCAAUGCCCCCAGGAUCAAUGCUGAGCUGAUGCUCAAACUUCUUGGUCUGUCAGACUUCUUCCAGGCCGUGAUCGUUGGAGGCGAAUGCGAGAAGCCAAAACCCGCCCCCUUCCCGUACCUCAAGGCCCUCAAGGAGCUCGGUGUGUCUGCAGAACACACCUUCAUCUUCGAGGAUUCCGCUUCGGGCACACGUGCAGGCGUUGCCGCGGGAAUGCCUGUUGUCGCUGUGCUGACGAGGAACCCAGAGAACUCCCUGCAGGAGGCCGGGGCCGCGCUCAUAGUCAAGGACUACGCGGACCCCAAGCUCUGGAGUGCCCUCGAAGAGAUCGACGCAGCGGAAGCUAAGCUGAAGAGCGUCGGAGCUUGA